UGCGAGCAGAGGGUGUUGCUGCCCGGAAACUCCUGAACGAUUGUCCGUCGGCUUGCCCUCCCGGUGCCGGAAGUGAGCCGUUCUUAGGCGCCUCCGGCAGCUGCCACGUCCGAGACUAGGAGUCACCGCUAACGCAGCUAUGGUGUCAGUAAUUAACACCGUGGACACCUCCCAUGAAGACAUGAUUCAUGAUGCCCAAAUGGACUACUAUGGCACCCGCCUAGCCACCUGCUCCUCGGACAGGUCCGUCAAAAUCUUUGAUGUACGCAAUGGAGGGCAGAUCCUCAUCGCAGACCUCAGGGGUCAUGAGGGUCCAGUGUGGCAAGUGGCCUGGGCCCAUCCUAUGUAUGGCAAUAUCUUGGCAUCCUGCUCCUAUGACCGGAAAGUCAUUAUCUGGAAAGAGGAAAAUGGCACAUGGGAGAAGACUCACGAGCACUCGGGACACGAUUCCUCAGUGAACUCUGUGUGCUGGGCCCCCCAUGACUAUGGCUUGAUCCUGGCGUGUGGAAGCUCUGAUGGGGCCAUCUCCCUACUGACCUACACUGGGGAAGGCCAGUGGGAAGUGAAGAAGAUCAACAAUGCCCACACCAUUGGCUGCAAUGCUGUCAGCUGGGCUCCUGCUGUUGUACCUGGAAGCCUCAUAGACCAGCCAUCAGGGCAGAAACCCAAUUACAUCAAGAAAUUUGCAUCAGGUGGCUGUGAUAACCUCAUUAAGCUGUGGAGGGAGGAGGAAGAUGGCCAGUGGAAGGAGGAGCAGAAACUGGAAGCACACAGCGACUGGGUUCGAGAUGUGGCCUGGGCCCCAUCCAUCGGCCUUCCCACCAGCACCAUCGCCAGCUGCUCUCAGGAUGGUCGCGUGUUCAUCUGGACCUGUGAUGAUGCCUCAGGCAACAUGUGGUCACCCAAGUUACUGCACAAGUUCAAUGAUGUUGUGUGGCAUGUGAGCUGGUCCAUCACAGCCAACAUCCUGGCCGUCUCGGGUGGAGACAAUAAGGUGACACUGUGGAAGGAGUCAGUGGACGGGCAGUGGGUGUGCAUCAGUGACGUCAACAAAGGCCAGGGUUCCGUGUCAGCUUCCAUCACAGAGGGCCAGCAGAAUGAGCAAUGACGGCACAGGCAAGGCCUGGUUUCUCCACCUGCAGGACUGCCCAUUCCUGGGACAAGUGACCAAACAACUGCAGAGAGCUCCUGUGCCCAAGAAUAAUUACAAAUGCCACCAAUAUGGUUUGUAAUUUACAGUCCAGCUGAAAGUACAAAUGACUUCACAAAUGACUUCAUCUAUUAUUUUAAAAUAUUUUUUGGCCAUUUUUAUGUACCUUUGGGUAUUCAAAGUAAGUAAAUAAAAUCAUAUUGCUUAUAAAUUCUUCCUAUUUUAUCCCACAACCAGCUACAUUGCAGUUCUAUGCUGGAUGGGUCCUGCAGUGAUGAUGCUAGCCCCUGUUCUCCUCUACAGAAUGGAUGCAAAUGAAUGACUUUCAACUUUUGAGGCUGGCCAGAAAAGACCAGCUUUUCUAAAUUUUUCACACUACCUCAUUUAAGAAUCACAGCAAGGGGUAUGUCUCCACCUCACUGAGAAAACUGGCAUGUAAUUGGACCCCACUGUAGAACCAGCGAUUUGGUCACUCACUUCAGGAAACAAUGUGCAAAGGUAUGGACCCCUGUUUUUUUGAAAUGCCUAGGAAGGCACCUCUCCAUCUACUUCCUGUGCACAGACUACUAUGAGUUCCAGUUAGCCGUGCUACAUGGCUGCCUUCCCUAAGUUCUGUGCUCCACAGGGCCGACUAGGAUUCGUGUAGUGCCUGCCAUACUCAACAAAUGAAUGAGAAGGAACUCAGAGGGUCAGUGACUUCCACCACUGAGGAUCAGUUCAGAUCUUAAUGGGCAUAAGUGAAAACUCUGCUCAACAGUUUGUGCUUGGAGUGGCAGGUAACGAAGUACACUGAGCGAAGUUCUGACCAAGACUGUUGCUUCAGCAGUCCGUGUUACAUUAGCUGUAAAGGCUGCUCUAGACCUUAGGAGUAAACCUCAAGAAGCUCAAACUCUCACUCUAAGGAAGCAUCACAAAUCCAACACUUGACAACCUAAAAUUCACAAUGUCUAGCAUCCAACCCAAAGUUAAAAGCAGAAAAAUGACUCCUAACCAAGAGAAAAAAAAAGUCCAUGUGGAAUUUCUACAAGUGAGAAUGUAAAUAUCUGAGGUGAACAUUAACCCUGGCUGGCAGGGUAGAUACUGGUAGUAGGCUGGACACUACUAGGCUGGUAGUAGGUUAGAUACUACAGCAGGAAAAAUCAGCAAGUUUGAAGACACAGCAGUAGAAACCAGACAUACCUGGACUGGAAGAGCACCUGCUUUAUAAGCAUAAAGCCCCGAGUUCAAACCCCAGCCCCACCAAAAAAAAAGAAACCGGACAUACUUAAGUGCAGGAAAAAAAGAGCCAAGCAAUUGUGACCUAUAGGACAAUACUGAGUAGUCUAAAUUUUGUGUAAGUUGUCCUGGGCAGGGGAAAAGGACAGAAAAAAAAUUUUCCACACUAGAUUAAAACUAAAACCUUAUAGAUCAAGGAUAAUCAGAAAGUCCCAAACAGAAGAAAACCUAAAAUAUACAUAUAAACCUCAUAAUCAAAUUGCUAAAAUAAAAAACAUAAAAGCUGCCAGCGACACAUACUGUAUACAGAGAAACGACUAUGGCAGCCAACUUUUCAUCAUAAAUCAUGAAAACCAAGCAGGGUAUUGGGAGCUCACACCUGUCAGAUACUUCAGAGGCAGAGAUUGGGAGGAUUGUUGUUUGAGGCCAGCCUAGGCAAAUAGUUCUUGAGACUCCAUCUCCAAAAUAACCAGAGCACAAUAGACUGGAAGUGUGGCUCAAGCAGUAAACACUUGCUUUGCAAGCAUCCAGCCCUGAGUUCAAACCCCACUCCCACCAAAAAACAUAUUCAUUUUCCCUUACUAUACCACAAUACCUAGGAUAACUUAAAAACAGACAGGUUUAUUUUAGCUCACGGUUUCAGAGCUUCACUCCGUGACUGCUUGAGUCUACAAUAAAGCAGGACACCAUAUGGCAGCAGCACAUGGCAGAGGAGGCCUAUCCACUUCAUGGCAGUCGGGAAGCAAAGAGAAAGAAGGUCCCCAAGUUGGACAUGGCAGCUCAUGCCACCUAAAUAUAUGGGAGGCUGAAAUCAGAAGCAUUGAGGUUCAAGACCAGCCCAGGCAAAAAAGUUAGCAAUGAAAAAGCUGCAUGGUCACACGCACCCAUCAUCCCAGCUAUGUGGGAAACUUAAGUAGGAGGACUGGGCUGGUGGAGUGGCUCAAGUGGUAGAGCACCUAUCUAGCAAGAGGCAUAGACCCCGAGUCCAAACUCCAAUACUGAGAAAGUUUAAAAAAGCCGAGAAGUCAGACACUGUGGCUCAUUCCUGUAAUCCUAGCUACUCAGGAAACAGAUCAGGAGAGUCAUGGUUUGAAAUCAGCCAGGCCAAAUAAUUUGAGAGACCCUA